AUUAAAAAUGUCAACAUAAAGAAGUUUCAUUUGCAUUGUCUUUAAAAAUCAAUGAUAUUAAUUAACUUCAUUCACGUAAAUUAGUACAGAUAUUUUGCAUAGCAGGACAUCUGCAAUUUAGCCAUACUGGACAGAGGUCAAUUUAUCAAUCCCAGGAUGCCUUCAGGGCAGCCUAUGCAGCACCCUAUGGACCGUCCAGAUCAUGGAAUGGCGAGACAUACUCCAUACAUGGGACAGCCAGACUAUAGGAUUCAUGAGCUGAAUAAAAGACUACAACAACGAAGUGAGGAGAGUGAUAUCUUAUGGUGGGAAUCCUUUGCUACAGAAUUCUUUGAAGAUGAUGCCAGCAUGACUCUGUCAUUUUAUUUAGAAGACGGACCCAAACGUUACACUAUUGGAAGAACGUUAAUACCUCGGUAUUUCAGAAGUAUAUUUGAGGGAGGAGUUACAGAUCUCUACUACAUAUUGAAGCAUACUAAAGAAUCAUUUCAUAAUACAUCAAUUACCCUCGACUGUGACCAUGCUACCAUGGUAACACAUCAUGGCAAACCUAUGUUUACUAAGGUUGUUACAGAAGGCAGAUUGAUAUUAGAAUUUACGUUUGACGAUUUGAUGAGAAUUAGAUCAUGGCAUUUUCAAGUUCGCCAACACAGAGAGCUCAUCCCACGUAGUGUCAUAGCAAUGCAGGAUCCUUCAAUGGUUGAACAGUUAUCCAAAAAUAUAACACGACAGGGACUAACUAACUAUACGCUCAACUUCUUACGGCUUUGUGUAAUCUUGGAACCAAUGCAGGAGUUAAUGUCUAGACAUAAAGCAUACGGGUUAAAUCCAAGGGAUUGUCUCAAAACAACUUUGUUCCAAAAAUGGCAGAGAAUGGUAGCUCCUCCAGGCAAAGGCAAGCAAGAACCAACAAGACAGCCAGGUAAAAGGAGGAAACGGAAAUCUUCAACAGGAAAUGCUGCUGGAAAUCUGAAUAGUGGUGGAGGUCCAACAAAGAAACGAUCUCCUGGACCUCAAGGCAUUGGCAGUUCUGUUCCAGGGGAUGUAAUGGUUGUCGGAGAACCUACUUUGAUGGGAGGGGAGUUCGGUGACGAAGAUGAAAGGUUGAUAACACGAUUGGAAAAUUCACAAUUUGAAACCAACAAUCCUGAGGAAGAUAGCAAAGACUUUCAAAAUUCACCAUCUGUAGCUCAUAGUCCCUGGGGUCAGGACAAGAAAACCCCCACAGGCAGCAGCACCCCAGGGGCUAGUAUACCUCCCCCAGCUACAAGUCAGCCAGAAGAAGGAAAAAUAGAGUAAAAUAAAUUAUGAAGAAGAAGGAUCAUAUUCAGAUUUAAUUACUAUAUUUUUAAAGAUGGCUUUUUAUAGACAAAAAUUUGCAGGAUCAAAUAUAAAUCACUUUUAUUAUAAUAAUGUUUACAAAAAAUAAGUUCAUCAGAUAAAAUUUGCAGGAUCAAAUAUAAAUUGGAGUUUUUAUUUGAAAACAGAAAAUUUGGAUUCUUUUAACAUUUAAAACUAACCAACAGGGUAUUUUGUAGUUUUGAAUCAAUUUAUAUCAUUUGUGAAAUAAUCAGUUGUAUGGAAGAAAGAAAGAUUUGACUUUCAAGACAGUAGGCUUUAGGCUAUACUUAUCAAGAAGUUAUUAUUUAAAAAGUCAUAAAUGAUCAUUCUUUCAUGAUAGUACAUUGACAUUUCAAUGUAUCAUGGUUGUAUAUAAAUAACUUUUUGUGUCAACACAGUAGUGAAAUGUACAGGUUGAUCUUUUUAAAUGAACAUAGGCAAAAAAGUUCAAAUUAACGACAAAUUUUUCAUUUAUUUUUAGAUAUCAUAGAUCACAGUGUAAGAUUGAAAAAGAGUUUGUAAUCUCCUUGUAACUACAUAUAUUAUGCUAUUGUUCUCCAACUUUUUUGCUCAACAGUUAAUCUUUGACAAGUAUACAUUUCAGAUAUGUUGAAAUAUUACAAACAUCAAUUCACCAAUUUGUUAAAAUUGAGAAAUCAGGUUAAUCAUGUGGAUUGAAAUAGAAUUUCCGACUUAAAUCAAUAUAUUUUGAAUACUGCAUCUGUCCUGUUUUUUUCCUCAGGCUAGUUUUUUUUCUAGAGAAAUUAUUAUUACUGAAACCUUGUAAAUCAUGUUUGAUUUUGUAAAAUGGUUGUUGAAAUGGAGAGUUAAAAUGUUUGUUAUCUGAUAUAUACAUCUACUUACCCGUAAACCUAAUCAGAAAUAAUGUUUGGAAUUGUCCUGUGAACAAGUUUUUUAAGUGGAUUUUAUUGAUCAUGAAAAGGAGGUUGUGCAAUGGGAGAUAACUCUUAGUAUUUUGAUUAAGCAAAGUCUCAUCAUAACAGACAGGUGAUCACCACCUAAUUUGACAUUAAGCCUAUAAAACACCUGAGUUAUCAUACAUUUGUCAUUACUAAAAUGGGACAUAUUAAACUUUGUCAUACUAAGUUCUCAUACUAUAUGAAGAUAGAAAAACAAAAAUUGGCAUUAUGAAUAGGUGUUUUCUUUUCUUCUGCAAUAUAUUUUAUUGACUGUGUAGAAUUUUUUUUUCUAGAUAGAAUAUGAAAUUUAACAUUCAUUGAGUGCUGAAAUGUUGUACAAAACUAUCAUUACUGUGCUGCCCUUUGAACAAAUAUUACAAAAUAUUUAUAUUUUGUAGAUUAUUAAAUGAUUUAUGUUUUACAAUGACUUUCAAUUCAGUUUGUAAAAAAGAGGUUCUAGGUGUUGUACCUGGAAAAAUGGAGUAGACUUUUUCCCCCUUUUUAUUUGUAAUUAAAAAUUAAGAUAAAUCCAAAGAGGACUUAACACUACUAUAUCCACCUUGAUAUCCCACUGAUUUGAAUGUAUAUUUUCAGUUAUAGAUUUGUCUAUAUUAGACAUAAUGGUGAAUAAAGAGUUGUUUAUCUAUUCAUGUCCAGCAAUAUUGUAUAUUGAAAUGCUUUACCAUAUUAAAUUUUGUUGGGAAUUCUUUUUACUAAUAGCUUACUUAUAAUUUUCUCUUGGCAGACUCUGUACCCCAGAUAUUGCUGGAAGUUAUGUUGACUAUUUUCUUACUGUACACCAGAUAUUGAUGAUUAUCAUCUUACCACAUAUGUACAUCAGAUAUUGUUGGAAAUUGCUUUGACUAAUUUCUUAUGCUGUACACCAAAUAGUGAUGACUUGCAUCUUACCACAUACAUUUCAUCAAGUACACCAGAAAUUUUUGGAAAUUCUGUUGGGUACUAUCAUACCACAAACACUGCCUUUAUAUUGGUCAUACUUCCACCUUUACUAUGAGUUUUUAUACGACCGCAAAAAAUUUUGGCGGUCGUAUGAUGUUGACGUCCUCGUCCUCGUCUGAAGACACAUUGGUUUUCGCACUCUAACUUUAGUCAAAGUGAAUGGAUCUCAAAAGGGGGGCAGGGGGUGAAAAAAAAAU